AUGAAGUGCGCGUUUUCGUCUCCAGCGUCCACGGAGCGCAGUGGAGCCAAGGAGCGCCUGGAGGCGAGUCUGGCCGGCCUGUGUGAGCUGGAGCUCCGCAGGCAGAGGCAGGAGUGCCUUGUUUUGGGAGCGCUGGCUCUGGGGGCCCCUCUGACCCCGGAUGGCUCCAGAGGAGGGCUGGGGUGCUUCAGCAACUGGAGCCAGGAAAACUUGACGCUGAGGCGUCAGCUGAGUGCACUUCAGAGUUCUCCAUGGGGUUUAAUGCAGGCGUUGGAACAGCAGAUGGACGAGCUGAAGAUCGACAACAAUGAUGGCUGCUGUGACGGAGCUCAAAGAGACACCAUUGACAGUCGACCAAGUUCUGGAUUCUAUGAAUCAAGUGAAGGUCAGUCGCCCAAAGGAAAAUCUUCAUCUGCUGAGCCCACUAAAACCGUCUCGUCCUGCACGCAUGCCGAAAGAGCCAAGUCUUUAGGAGAUGGAGGCACCCUUAACAGAGAAUUUGAAGUGCCAGUUCUACGACCUCAUCUGCCGUGCUCUUUCUCUGCACCUCACCCGCCUCUGGAAGGUGUCACUGAGAAGGGACCAGCAGUGGAAUCCUGGCAGUGGGACCCCACCUGGUAUCACCAGCCUGCAGUGGAUCAAGUCCCCUUUGAGAACUUCCAGCAGGCUUUGAGGGGAGAGGGUUACAUUCUGAGUCUCAUCCAACGUCAUACCCUGUCACCCAGACCAUGUCAGCCUCGCACCACCCUGACCCCUGACCCCCCAUACUGCAGUGUCUCUGGACACAGCCCCCAACACAGGAGAAGUCCUUCUAUGACCACAGAGCAACGCCCUCCUGACCCCCAUCAGGAUCAUGUUGACCUAUCAGCAAAUCCCAAGAGCCAGGAGUGGGGUUGUGACCUUCUACAGGGGGAGGCUGAAGGAGAGGCCCCAACUUUUGAAGAGGGAUGUUAUUUGGCCCUGCCCUACCCCCAGUCUGGACCACACUGCCUGGCUGGGAGACUACCAUCACCUCUGCCCUUUUUGGAGCCAAACUGUGGUUUUAUGGCUCUUGACCUUUGCUGUAAAUCCCUGUCUCCUCAGCAUUAUUUACAUCCACAAACCCCAAUUUCUUAUCAAACACACGAUUUAGUAAGUACCCAGUAUAUCCCUGGAAAAGGCUGUCAUGCUCCUGUGCACUCUCCCAGACACUAUAAACCAGAGCAGCCAAAGACGACUCAAGCCACAGCCUCUCCUGACCAAUUCAACUCCAAGUCCAAAGCAUCUAAAAAAAGUCCCAGUGAUCGGCAGAAAUCCAAAAAAGGAAGCAGUAAAACCAGUCGAUGCCAGUCUGAAAACAGCCCUCCGGACCAGCGGGUGCUUCCUGAGAGGAAGUACAACACGACAGAACGCCGCCCAAGUCGAGCCAAUCCUGCUCAUAACCAAGGCCAGGUAGCUGGACCCCACAUCUGUAACAAGGGCCACAGCAGGAGCCGACGCUGGUGCUCUAAUCUGGAGCUCAGCCAGGAUGAAUGUGACAUCCAGACGGCGAUGCAGGCGCAGAGACGGCCCUCUCGAAAAGCUCGCCAUGGUCUCUCCUGCUCCCAGUCCCAUUCCCAACAUCAGCCCACCCAACGCUGGCACCAGGACUCUCAGGGAAGAGCGCCUCUUUGUCAGGUGGAGGAGGGCUACGCCGGUGCUGCCCCCGCAGAGUCUGAAUCCAGCAUGAGUGAGGUGUACUCCCCACCCUCCAGCUCACUGUCCAGUGACUCAGACGAAAGCGGGGGACUCGUGUGGCCCCAGCAGCUGCCGCCUCGCCUCGCGUCUACCUCUUCUUCAUCGUCUCCUUCACCACAGGCUUCUACCAUCACCUCGGCACAGCCCAAAGCCUUCGUGAAGAUCAAAGCCUCGCACGCUCUCAAAAAGAAGAUUCUCAGAUUCCGCUCGGGGUCUCUUAAAGUCAUGACUACAGUAUGAGAAACAUCUCCGACCUGUUUGAAACCCAUCGGUUCAGUAUUUGAUAAAAACCUGUCUCAGAACGGCACAAAAGUUGUUUUUUGUGCUGUUCUAUUUUUUUUAUUCA